AAGCUCGUGUGGGAAAAAUAUUUUCCGAUAUUCCGUUAUUUAGGUGAAAUAUUUUAUAGUUUUUGUAAAUAUAGUGUGCUUGCAAUUUGUGUUGUGUGACAAUUUUUUAAAUAUAAUUAUAUAAAUAUAAUAAUUUCAAAUAAAAGAAAUACAUAAAACGAACAACUAUGUCACAGCUACUCCGACAAGUUACACUACUCUCCUGCCGUGCACCUAUUCAACAAUCACAACGUUUCCGUGGUAAAAUUAAUAUACAACGUCCACGUGCACCCCACUACGAACGUGCCAAGGUGCUAGCUGCCGCACAAUAUUUGCCGGCUGAAGUGGAAGAACCCAAAAAGAAAAGUGCAUGUUUCCAACGUCGACAACGCGAUGCAGAUAUAGAGAAUCCUUAUAUUGCGGUUAUUGCGCGUGAAGUAAGUAAUUGGUUGGAACAUUCGCAUAUGGUUGGCUUCUAUCACCUGAACUCAAUCAAAGAUGAUGAACUCUUCAGCGUACGCGUACAAUUGCAUAAACAAAAUAUGCAUUUAAAAUCGUAUGGCAAGAAGAUUGUACAAAAAGCUGUGGAAGGCACACGUUUCGAAGCUAUUUUGCCACUAUUCGAAAGCAAUAAUUGUGUGGUUUUCUCUACGCAACAGCAGGUGCCACAACUUUUACGCAUCACCCGACGUGUUCCACAAAUGUUAUUGUUGGCGGGUAUUGUGGACGAACGUUUACUAAGUCGUAAUGAGUUUAUGGAAUAUGCAAAAUUACCGGGACUACAGGCAGCACAAGGCCAAUUAGUGCAAACUCUUAAUAUGGCAGCGGGCAAUGUAGUUCAACAAUUGGAAACUCAUCAAAAGAACUUUGUGAAUGUGCUUGAUGUAUACGCGAAGGGUGAGACGAACGAAAGUGUGCCAGCCAAAGAGGCAAACGAAGAGGAGAAGGCGUAAAGUGUAUUCACAUUUUUAGUGCCUCAAUAUUAAAUUAAAAAAAAAAAAAUUAAAUAUAAUUUAAAACAAAACUUGUUCUUUUAAAAAUAAUUUAAUAACAAAGUGUUUAUGUGUGAAAGAAGUGUGUGUGUUCCUUGAGAGCUUUAAAUACGUGUGUAACUGCAUAAUUUUGGAUGGAGCAACUACAUUUAUCUACAAUCAUAGCUGCACUGGAUAUUAUCAUUAUUAUUAGAUUUUAUUUCUGCAUUUAAUCCAAUGGCACUCAACGGCCGCAACUGGUAGUAGUGAAAAUUGCAACGUUUUGAUUGGAGAUUUAAUCGUGCUUUUGCAAUAUGUUAUGCCACUUGAUAUUGCCUCCCUGUCAUCCCACAACACACUCCAACCGCUGUAGGUACUCAGUUGCGACAUUCCAUAAAGUAGCUGACCAACCGACCGAGCGACUACUUAGCAUGGCGUUGGCUGUGCGUUGCUGUGGACUGGGAGGUGGAUUCGGUCGUCGUGAUUGCGAUGAGCUUUUUUGCCACAGCAACAUUAUAGCAAGCUUGUAUGUAACGAGUACCUACUGCUACAACUACUACCUAUCCGUACUUACCUUCAUACAAUCCCGUUUAUCGAGGGUGGAGUCCAAGCACCGAUGAUUGGCCUGCAAGCUCUGCUGCAAUGUUAUGCCAUUGGUAGAUGAUUUUAUAGGCAUUUUGAGCCUAUGAACGAAAACCGGAAAUAAACGAGCAAGCGAAUGAAAUAAUAUAUUUCGCUCAUAUCAACGUUUGUGUGUUUAUUACAUGCUUUAACUUCAUCGUACACAAACAUAAAGCAUGCAAUUAAAUUGGAUACAUUUGACCAAAUUCAUGAGGAGUGAAGCAGUGAUUAUCCUGGACGUCGGAUAGAUAAUCUUUAUUAAGGUCUCAAUGCGCACACCGAAACUUCCUCCCUCUAACUUUCACCAGUUCCAGUCAUCAGCUGUUUCCAAGCGGCCAUUCUACAAAUGUAAACAACCACACGAUUCAUAGUGCGCCACAUACACACCAAA